AUGUUUGGCAAAGACUACUCCGCUCUCGAGGAAAUUAAACAGGUGAUAGCGCCUGAGCAGUUGGAGAUUUUGAAAAACCAGCUCGAAUCCGAAGACCCACAGACCCCGGAGUCUCAGUUCAACUAUGCCUGGGGACUCCUUAAAACGGACAGCUCGAGAAAACAAAAACAAGGAAUUGACAUUUUGACUGUUCUCUACAGAGACGUGCCACGUAUGAGGAGAGAGUCGUUGUACUACUUGGCAUUAGGGAGCGUGAAGAUCGGGGAGUACUCGAACGCCAGAAGGUACGCCGAGACGCUUUUGGAGAAGGAGCCUGAGAACACGCAAUUCCAGGCGUUGAAGAAGGCGAUUGACGAGCGGGUCACGGAGGACGGGCUCAUUGGGCUCGGAGUGGCCGGUGGCGUUUUGGCCGUUGGGCUUGGCAUCAUGGGAGCCGUGCUCAGGAAGAAGAGAUAG